AAUCUGGCAACGGUGGGAAGGAAGGAAGGAGAAGGCAGCCAGACGGACGGCCCUCAACAUGUCUGACCCAAGAAGCCCCGAGGCCAUCCGGGAGCGGGCGGCCCUCAAGGUAGCGAUGAAGCGGGAGUUCCAGAAGCAAGUCCACAACCCGCACCGCCACGGCUCAGGAGAGGCUGGAUACUUGUUUGACCCGGCCGUCCAGCGCUUCAUGUCCAUGCGGGCGACGCAGUACGACUUCUUCCGCCCCACCCCCAAGGCCUCCCUGCUGGGCUUCCUAGCAAUAGUCGUCCCCAUCGCCAGCUAUGCUUGGCUCCUCAAGAGAGACAAGGACCAGUUUGAGGCAAAGUGCAGGUCGGGACAAAUAUCGUACGCUGACAGGAACUACAAAUUCUACUAAAUGAAUGCCUUAGGUGACUUUGUUAAUAGUGCAUAGUUUGUAAUUUCAGAUUCCCUGGUUUUAACACCUAAGCUGUACAGUCUGUAUAAUAUUAUUUAAUAAAUAAAAACUAUAUAAA